UACGGCGGAGUGAUAUGCUGUAGUCUUCGACAAAGAGCUGCGAUAAAUCGGGAGGGAGAUCCCAUGAAUAGUGCUUGAGCCCUGUGUCACUAAUGGACGGAGUCAUUGUAUAAAACACGAAAUGUAACCCCAAAUAUAAACACGCUAGCAAAGAGAAUCACUGAACAAUUCACAGGAGAACAUGGAGAAGAAAAGGUGGGCAUGCUUGGCUCUCCCCAAGGGCUGGCAGAUCGAAGAAGUGACCAGAAAGUCCGGUUUGUCUGCGGGAAAAAGAGAUGUAUAUUAUUUUAGUCCAACCGGGAAGAAGUUUCGGAGCAAGCCUCAGCUGGCUCGUUACCUUGGCAACCAGAUGGACCUCAGCUCCUUCGACUUCCGCACAGGGAAGAUGCUCAUGAGUAAACUGAACAAGAACAGGCAGAGACUGCGCUAUGACAACAACAAUCAGACCAAGGGCAAGCCAGACCUGAACACAUCACUCCCCGUCAGACAGACUGCUUCCAUCUUUAAGCAACCUGUCACCAAGGUUACCAACCACCCCAGCAACAAAGUCAAGACAGAUCCACAGAAAGCCGUCGACCAGCCGAGACAGCUUUUCUGGGAGAAGAAGCUUGGUGGUCUCGAUGCCUUUGACAUCGCAGAGGAGCUAGUGAAGACAAUGGACCUGCCUAAAGGUCUUCAAGGAGUUGGACCUGGAUGUACAGACAAGACUCUACUGUCAGCGAUAGCCAGCGCCCUGCACACUAGUGCAGCCCCCAUCACCGGUCAGCUGUCUGCAGCCGUGGAGAAGAACCCAGGGGUGUGGCUCAACACAUCGCAGCCCCUGUGCAAGGCCUUCAUUGUCACUGACGAGGACAUCAGGAAGCAGGAGGAGCUGGUGUACAGUGUGAGGAAGAAGCUGGAGGAGGCUCUAAUGGCGGACAUGUUGGCUCAUGUGGAGGAAGCAGCCAGCGAGGGCGACUCACUCGAGGAGGACAACGAUGACAUGGAGACUGUAUAGCAGAGGGUGAUGGGGAGUUAGAGUAGUUUGGAUGGGCCUUUCAACACCUUAUCACAGGACCAUGAAACCUGUACCAAUCCAACCAAAAGAACUGCCCACUUUCCACCUACUACCCCUCUGAAGCUUUACCUGCCCACCUCGUCCACUGGUUGGGCUCUUCUGGCUCCAGUGCUAAGAAAGGACUUGGACCAAGCCAUUCUGAAUCAAAUAAUUGAGCUAAUAAUCUUUCAUUUGAAAAAGAGAUCAUCCAAUAACUUUUUGACAGUGCAGAGUGAGAGGAGAGCGAUUUACAUACAGUAUGACAAAUUCACUGUUCAAUGAUGUAGUUUUAUUUGUUACAAGACAUUGUAUGGAUUUUCUGAAUGUGAGAUGUAUGUUGUGACAAUCAUAUCAACCCCCCCCACACACACACACACACACACAAAACAAACAAACAAAAACUACUUUUUACAUGUAUUUGGAGUUUUUCAAUUAGCAGCGAAUGCUGUUUUUCUCUCUGGGUUUCUAAUGCACUCCAUGGGGCUCGAUGGACCAUAGUGUAGGGGUACUUUGGUUCAGUUUACAGGGCUAUGUGAGAGAGGCUUUGAUGAGAGGGAACAAUAUAUUUGCCCAAAUGAUGCACUCUAAAGCAUGAGUCACAGGACAGAGAAUUAGUGAAAAAUGAUUGAAUUGUGUUCUCAAGGAAAUAUUCUUGUCAUUGUAAUGUAGUCCAUUCAAACCCCUUACCAAGUAUUGACCAAAGAUGGUUCAUGUGAUUUUUGGAAAGUCUUGCAGUAUUCUACUGUAGUUAUUUUGUUAUAGCGUCAUAUCCAGCUUCUCAAUAGCUAGUGAUGUUUCCACAUGACACUGAGUUAUGAGUGAAGUCAUACUGUACAUGGUUAAAAUGGGUACUAGAAGUGAAUUGGACCCUUCUCUCCUGCAUUGUGUCGAUUUUCUUCAUUUCAACACUCAUUGCUCACUGAAGUUGUUGGUUUAACGUUGCUGUUUCUAGCCAAUGUAUGUUUGUCCCCAUGGCCAUGCUUUUUAAAAUGUUUCCUAUAAUGGGUCAAAGCCAUCACAACACUUGCUGCCUCCAUUAUCUUGUGCACUGGGUGCCAGACAGAGUAAACUAAGCAGAUUUUGUUUGACUAAAGAUUAAGGGCUGGACUCAAUCUGUAUCGUGGAAGAUCGGUAUUAAAUUUAAAGGUCUUUUUUUUUUACAUUCCG